CGACUUUCAGCUUCCAAUUUCUUGAAUACUCUACUGUUACUUUUCACUCCAUUGUAUUCAUUAUCCCUCCCCUUCAGGCCUUGUCUUGAACCAAACCAGCCCGUCAAAUUACUUAAAGCUCUAGAAAGUUCCCCCCCUCAAUACCGCAAAAAUGGCCCGAAAGUUCUUCGUUGGAGGAAAUUUCAAAAUGAAUGGUACGAUCAAGACCAUCAAAGACAUUGCUCACAAUCUGUCGACAUCGAAGCUCGAUUCCAACACCGAAGUCGUGAUUGCACCACCUUCUCUAUACCUCCUCCUUGCGCGCGAGCAUCUGUCCCCCAACAUCGAAGUUGCAGCUCAGAAUGUGUUCGACAAGCCCAACGGCGCCUUCACAGGAGAGAUCUCGGUGACGCAGCUGAAGGAUAGCAAUAUCACAUGGACCCUGUUGGGUCACUCGGAGCGCCGGACCAUUCUCCGUGAAGAGGACGAGUUUGUGGCGUGCAAGUCCAAGGCUGCACUCGACGGCGGCAUCGGAGUCAUCUUGUGCUGCGGUGAGAGUCUGGAAGAGAGGGAGAAGGGCAUCACCGUCGACGUUGUCACCAGACAAUUAAACGCCGUCAACAAGUCUAUCGGCAAGGACGGCUGGAAGAACGUCGUCAUCGCCUACGAACCCAUCUGGGCCAUCGGAACCGGCAAGGUUGCCACCACCGAGCAAGCUCAGGAGGUCCAUGCCGCGAUUCGAAAGUGGUUGGCUGAUGCUGUCUCUGCCGAAGUUGCCGAGAGCACCAGAAUCAUCUAUGGUGGCAGUGUGAAUGCAGGAAACUGCAGAGAAUUGGCCAAGCAGGCUGACGUUGACGGCUUCCUUGUUGGCGGUGCCAGUCUUAAGCCUGAGUUCGUCGAGAUCAUCAACGCCAAGGCCUAGAUUUGAGGGCGCCCUAGUGCUCUACAUUCAUAACGUAGCAAGGCGGUUUGGAAAAGAAGCGUGCUGUUGGUGACCUGAUCAACGAUCUGCGUCAAAAGGGAGUGUUUCACCACAAGGCUUUCCCUAGUUUAGGAUCGCUGGAAGAAUAAGUCCUUUUCAACGCAUUACUGUCUCCAGUGUAGCUAAGAAACGACUAAACAAAAUACUUUCAUGCCAGCCA